AACAACAUAUGUCUAGUGUUCUCUUCCUGACCCAACUACAACUGCGAUCGACACAAUGGCUGACCUUCCGCCUCUCCCUGCUCUGCCAAGCUUUUCUCUCCAAGCGAUUGAACCAGAACAUGUCAACGCUUCCAAGAUCGUUCAGAGAUGGAUUGGCCAAUUCCUGGAAGUGAUCGAGGAGGACAACCUGAACAAGAUGUCUGAACUGUUUGUUGAAGACUGUUACUGGCGUGAUUGCGCUGCUUUAUCCUGGACCAUCGCCUGCAAAAAGGGGACUUCCAGGAUUCACCAAUACCUCAAGAACUCUGCAGCUGAGUUGGGGCAGUUGUCAAUUGUGAAGACUGGAGCGCUGAUACCGAAAUUGGUGACUCGCGAAGGGGUCGUCUACCUGCAGUCGGGCUUCACUUUCACGACAAAGUUUGGGAGCGGUCAAGGUGUGCUUAGGCUCGCCAAUACCAGUCCAUCGGAAUGGAGAGCAUGGACAGUUUCUACAAUACUCCAUGAUCUGGCCGAAAAUAUUGACCGCCCAGUAUCUGGAUUGGUAAAUGGCGAGUCCCGGAACCACGUCACGGUUAAUGGUUCUAAUCAACCGGAAACCCUGCAAGUUCUCGUUGUGGGUGGAGGACAAUCAGGUGUCACCAUAGCUGCAUGGCUCAAACAUCUCGGGUUGCGAUCACUGAUUCUGGAAAAAGGCUCACGGCUCGGUCAGGCCUGGUGGUCAAGAUACAAGACCGUGCAGACUCACACUCCGAGUCACACUGACGACUUCCCCUUUCUACCGUUUCCAACCACUUGGCCAUACGGCAUCAGCAGGGAUCGACUCGCUGGUUGGAUCGAACACUAUGCCGAAAUUAUGGAGCUUGACUACGAAGUGAAUGUCCCCGUUCAGACCAUCGAAUAUGAUCAGACAUCUCGACUGUGGUCAGUCAUCGUCAAGGAGACCCACAACAGCCAACGCGUCUUCAAAGCUCCGCAUGUCGUUUUUGCCACGGGAGUUUUCGGACCAACACCAAGCAUCCCCGAUAUCCCAGGUAUCGCAUCAUACAUGGGAUCAGCCUAUCAUUCGAGUGAGCAUACCACUGCGGCACGGAUUCCGGAUGUGAGGAAAAAGACCGUGACUAUCAUUGGAUGUGGCACAAGUGCUCACGAUAUCGCCCAAGACUUUGUGGCCCAUGGUGCAAAGGCUGUCUCGAUGAUACAGCGAACGCCUAUCUGGUCCGUGUCAACCGACUCCAUUGGCAGGAUCCAAUUCGCCGAUUAUUGCUCCCCGGACAUGACAACCGACGAGGCAGAUCAGCUCGACAUGUCUUGGCCUCUCGGGCUUACACGUGCCUGGGGCGUGGAAAUCACACAACGCAUCGUUGAAAACGACAAGGAACUGAUGGACAAGCUCGAAAGCGCUGGACUGCAUCUGAAACGUCGCCGAGAUGAUGUGUCGCUUAUUGAUCACCAACUCCUCAUCGGGGGCCAUUACUACAUCGACCAGGGAGCCGACAAGAUGAUUGUUGAUGGCAGGAUCGGUGUCCACUGGUGUGACCAAGGCGUGAAGGAAUUCCACAAAGACGGACUCACUCUACACAAUGGUAACAAGAUAUAUGCUGACAUUGUAGUGCUUGCCACAGGCUUCAAGCCGCACAAUCAACACCUUUCAGGAAUUAUUCCGAGGGAGAUUUGGGAUAAGGUCGGAGAUUUGGGGGAGCCCGACGAGGACGAGGAGUCGAUUGGACUUUACCGUCCAACUGGCGUUCCGGGGUUCUGGAGGUUUUCAGGUGGCCUCAGAGACUGUCGACAGUACUCUAAAGUGCUUGCGUUGCAAAUUCUUGCUGUUGAGCGCGGUUGGGUGGAGGGAUAUUGGGAGUCGUAG